AUAAUGAUUAUGCUCUGUUGGCUCAUAAUCCACAUUUUUAAUUAUUAAUGAUUUAUUCCUGAUAUUAUCUUGGUUGAAUUUUUUAAAUUAUAUUAUCGUUCUCUGGAUCCUUAGACACAAAUGUUUUAAUGUAUCUUUCAUUGUAAUAUGGCCAGCAGGAUUGAUAAACUUGAUUAUGUAAUUUUAGACCAACAGUUAUCUCGAUCAUUCCAUGAUCAAUUGGAGCAAACACUGAAACCAUUGGAACAAAGAUUCAGCAUAUUUAGUUUGUUCAAACCGGAAUUUCGUUUACUCUUAAAUGGAUAUAUUUAUUUACACUCAUUGGCUCGUGAUGCAUCUUCAUUGGGACAAAAGAUUUAUAAUCUUAAAACAGUUAGUAAACUGUCGGCAUCAAAUGGAAUCAUGAGUAAAUUACAACUGUACAUUUUAGGAACUUCUACAGUAUUGAUACCGUACAUAAGAGAACGAUUCUCUAGGUCCAAAUUAUUGAACAACAAGUUGGCUUAUUUCUUGGAAGAUGCUUUCAAGAUCGGAGAAUUGUUGAACUUUCUGAUUUUCCUCCAAAAAGGAUGUUACCCACAUUUAAUGUACAGAUUACUUUUCUUGGACUGUGAUCUUAUCGAAGGCAAAAAACGAAUUAGUCUUGAUAGUUAUUAUGUAAACAGAAAUCUCAUGUGGACUUCAAUUUCCGAGAUAUUAUCUUAUCUCAUACAGAUUGUGGAUUUUAAUCGAAUUGGUUUAAUUAUUCGACAGAAAGUAAUAUCGAAAUUGACUCCUUCAAAUUUAUCUAGUGAGAAGAAUCGAGAAUCAAGGGAUUAUCGAAUUUGUGCAAUUUGUGAUGAAUGGCCAAAUAAUCCACAUCAUAUUGGGUGCAAACACAUAUUUUGUUAUUUUUGUAUUCAUUCAGAUUACAUGCAAUAUGGAGGAUCUGCAUAUUCUUGUCCACAAUGUGGACAUAAAAUCUCUGAUGUAUCUCAUAUCAAACAACUUUACAUGAGCUGGACUUGAAUAAAAUGUUUAUUUUUAGCCAA